AUGAAGUCCUCACUUAAGCUCGCAGCGGCGACUAUGCUAGCCAGCAGCGUCUCCGCGCAGUUCGUUCCCGCCCCAACAGAUCUCAUUGAGAAGCUCGGCUUUGCGAACAUCACUGUACGGUACAAGGAAGUCCCAGCAGGAAUUUGCGAGCAGGACCCCAACGUCAAGAGCUACUCUGGAUAUGCCGACAUUGCAGAAGACCAGCACCUUUUCUGGUGGUUCUUUGAAGCGCGUAACCAAGAUCCCACCACUGCACCCUUGACCGUGUGGAUUAAUGGUGGACCCGGCUCGUCUUCGAUGAUUGGACUCUUCCAGGAACUUGGACCUUGUGGUGUUGGACCAGACCUGAAACCUUUCAACAAUCCCUAUUCCUGGAGCAAUGCGAGCAAUAUGCUCUUCAUUGAUGAACCUUCGACUGUCGGACUCUCGUACAGCAUACCUAUUCCAGGUUACAAGGACAACGACGGCAAUAUUAUCCAGCUGCCGAAUGCGACUUGCCCAGAGUACGCGGAAGCAUACGGCACAUGCGCUACAUACUCCAAGCCACUGAUUCAAUCGGUUCCGAACAAGACUGAGGAUGCCGCAUCAGGCAUGUGGAAGACUCUGCAGGGUUUCAUGGGCGCCUUCCCACAAUACUCUCGAAAUGGGUUCAGCUUCACCACUGAGAGCUAUGGCGGUCACUAUGGGCCCGUGUUCAAUUCCUAUAUCCUCGAUCAGAACGCGAAGAACAUCUCCGGCACGAAACAUAUCAACCUUGAGAAUGUUCUUAUUGGCAACGGCUGGUUCGACCCCUUGAUUCAGUAUGAAGCCUACUACAAGUUUGCCAUGGGUGGUAAUACAUACGACUAUAUGCCGUAUAACGCAUCGGUCAUUGCCGAGUGGACAAACAACCUGUACGGCGAGGGUAAUUGUCUCGACCAGACCAAGGCCUGUCGCGCCACUGGCUCGAACGCGGUAUGCUCCGCUGCAGACAACUUCUGCUAUGCUAAGGUCGAAGCCCCUUACGACAUCUACUCCGGUCGCGAUGAGUACGACAUGCGUGAGCUGACCCCGGACCCAUUCCCAUACAGCUACUACGUUGAGUAUCUAAACACACCGGAGGUACAAAAGGCCAUUGGCGCGUAUCAAAACUUCAGCGAGAGCUCCAGCACCGUGAGCACGGCCUUUGGCAACACGGGAGAUGACGACCGAGAGUCUGGUACCAUCGAGGCGUGCCGUAAGCUUCUCAAAGCUGGUGUCCAGGUCAUUCUGUACUAUGGCGAUGCUGAUUACAACUGCAAUUGGCUCGGCGGGCAAGAGGUUGCCAAGCUGAUCAACGCGACUGGAUACACCGAAGCCGGCUUCACCAACAUCUCCACCUCUGACGGCGUGGUCCACGGUCAGGUCCGACAGUCUAACCUCUUCUCGUUCGUCCGCAUCUACGAGUCCGGCCACGAAGUACCUUUCUACCAACCGCUAGUUGCGCUCGAGCUCUUCGAACGCGCUUUGAACCAGAGCGACAUCGAGACAGGCACGAUCUGUGUCAAGGAUCAAGAGGGCUACAAGACUGUUGGCACGCCGACAAGCGAUUACCGAGAGGGUAAUGCGACGAUUCAGUUUGAGAUUACGCCGAGCAAUGCGACGUACAACGUGGAGUUGAAUGCGCCGGAUGCAGUCCCUACGUGGGCUGCGGGCGUUGAGAAAAGGGGUUCGGGUGAGAAGAGGGCGUUGAAGCAGGCGAGGAGCUUUUUGGGGAGACCGAGAAACUCUAAGGGUGGAAAGAGGCCGGCUUGA